AUUCAGUCACUGCGUAACACUAAGGUGCUAACCUUUACAUUGUGAAAAUAUAUUAUUGGUGCAGUAAUUUAAAACAGUGUGACAUUGAUUGCGCUUUGAUGCUGCCAUCCCCGGAGACGUGACAAAACCAAACAAUUGGAUUUUUGGACGAGAUGUGAUCAAUAGACAACAUCAAAAUGUUGCUAACAUUGUGCAAAUCGUGCCAGUACUGCCUGGAAACUAUGUACUGGAAUUGCUGUGAAGAAAGGUUUUGCUUCGAUAAGAAGAUAGCAACUUACAAACUAGAAGACGUGCCUCCAGCGUACACAAACGGCUAUGCCAACAUGGGCGCGUCCUUAGACAAUGUGGUGACGGCGCAGCCUAUGAACAACAACCACCUGCCGCCUGAAGCCAUCACCGGGAGGGAGAUCAACGAGUUACCGCUGCAUGCUGACAAACUUUAUGAGGUAUUCUCUAAGUCAUUAAUAUUUAGAGAUGAACACGAGUUGAAGUCCAAAGGCAGCAAUGAUUCGUUGGAUGACAUAGAAACUAAAUCAGAACCUGACUAUUUAUCAGACAAACCAAACAGGACCAAAGUGUACUUUGAAGACGAGGUGAAUUCGCCGGUGACAGACUUCGAAAUCAUGUUCAAAGAUGAGCUCAUGACAAACUAUGACAUGUUCAAAAUUGACGAAGAAGAAGAAAGUGACAGAAAGAGCCAAGACACUGAAGAAGGAUUGACUAUGAACGUUGUUGCUGUUAGGAAACAAGAUGUAGUUAAACCUAGUACCGUUACAAUGAAAGACGAAACGAAAAUAACAACGCAAAACCCUAUUUACAAAUACGAUCCAAUUUCGGUUGUCGCUUUACCUUCAACGUUAAGUUUACCUCGAGUGGAAAGUGUUAAGGGUAUUUUAAGAAGCAACAGUGCAAAGACACUUGAAAGGGUGGACAGUGGCAGCAGAUUGUCUAAGCCAAUGUUAAACAGAGUCGAAAGUCUUAAGAGUAUAGAUCCUACCAAAAUCAACAAAGUACUAGCCAGAGUGCCUCAUAGAAGUGCAUCUUUCCUGAACAUUCCACAGCAUUUAGCACCAGAGAAACCUCCGUUGAUAAAAUCCAAAUCAAUGGUAGGAGUAACGGCAGCGGGUGAUGCUGAAGUAAGACUGAGCAGUCUUCCAGAUACCCCUAUAAUUAAAAGUACGAAUCUACCAAGAUUCUUUGCGGACAGUCCAGCGAUUCCAGAAUACAAAGGUGAUACAAGUUUACAAAGCAUUAAGAAGAAAACAGAAAUGAUGUUCCAAGAAAAUGACUUCAGUAUGCCGAGGUAUUAUGGAACUGUGGCGAAGUCUACAGAAAAUAUUCCCGUUCAUGAGAGCAAGUCCAUGCCCGACUUGAGGAAUCCGGCUUCUAGUGGCAAAGUUAGUAAGAGACUCGUAAAGUUAAGAGGCAGGUUGAAGCCUUUAGUGAUUAGAAAGAGCUCUGAAGAAAAACUAUAGGAGUUAUUUAAUUCAUUGGCCAAAAAUAUCCACCUUUAAGUUAGUUUAAGUCUUUCUUCUACUUAAUAAUUACGAUACUAUACGUAAACUAUAAUUUAUAAUAUUGAUCUCGUGUGAAUGACAUAAUGUGAAAAUGUGUGUUCAGUUCCUGUAAUUGAAAAAACAAGAUUGGCAUUGAUUGCCUGAGGGUUCUUAUGAUUAUCUAUAAUACAAACACGCACGUUACAUUAUAAUUGAAUGUUUUGGCUUGAAUACCAAUAAUUCUUGUGUAUGUUUAACUAAAUGAAUAAAAUAUUGUCAGAGCCUUAUUGGUAAUAAGUAGAGUCUAAAACAAGUUUUUAUUAGGUGUGUUACAUGAACUAUUGAUUUGCAUGUUAUUUAAAUGUUCUUUUAGGCACACAAAGACGAACAAAGUAAAAUAACGAUCAAUCUCUAUUAAUUAAAUAAAACUCUUAAGAUGUUUGUGGUUGAGAUGUAAUCUAAUUACCUACCUUUACUUAUAUUAAUUUGAAAUAUUAUUAUCCCUUAUAAAAUAUUAUCAGUAUUUAUUGCUCAAGAUAUCGUACCUACAUGAAUGUGAUUGUAAUUAAGUUAAUUGUAAUAAUAAGUUGCAGCAAUAAUCUUGAUGCAAUGUAACAAAAAGUAUUAAUUUCACAAUAUUGUUGUAAAUAUUCUAGUCAAUUGUUAGUNUAAACAUCAAUUGUUAGUAAUAGGUAACUUCACUUUCGCCAAAUUUACUUAAUAAUAACUUAUUUAAGUCGUAAUAGAUCUGUCGAUUCGAACAUUUUCAUUAUUUAGUUAACAAAAUAUU